CCAAGAUGGCUUAUGUGGCAGCACCCGGUUAUCAGCCUUUUUACAAUCCAGCCAUCCCAUUUAGGACUCCUAUUCAUGGCGGCCUCCGUGCUGGGAUGUCUGUCUACAUUCAGGGGACUAUCCCCAACCACAUUACCAGGUUUGCUGUGAAUUUCACUUGUGGCCAAUUUGAUGGAUCAGACAUUGCCUGCCACUUUAAUCCUCGCUUUGAUGGCAAAGACAAGGUUGUGUUUAACAGUCUUAUUGGGGGCUCCUGGGGGUCCGAGGAGAAAAAGAAGGAUUCCUUUCCUUUUCGCAAAGGGAAGAGCUUUGACCUCGCAUUCAUGAUCAACCAAAGCGCCUUUGAGAUCACAGUGAAUGGCUCUUCCUUCUAUAAGUUCAAACAUCGUAUGCCACUGGAGCGUGUGAACAGUUUGCAAGUCAGUGGGGAUGUGACUGUUCAGUCCCUGACCAUUGCUGGAGGUGGUGGUGGAAUGCCAGCGGCCCCUAUGCCUGCACCCAGUUUCCCACAUCCGGGGGGGGUGAUGCCAUUACCAGUUUUCCCAGCUGGCAACCUACCUGUAAUGGGAGGACCUGUGUAUAACCCACCAGUACCCUAUUAUGGCUCUAUCCAGGGAGGCAUGUCACCGAGAAAGACAGUGAUAAUUAGAGGGUUUAUUCCAGAAGGUGCAGAAAGGUUCCAUAUAAACUUUAAGGCAGGAUCUUCCAACGAUGUUGCUCUGCAUUUUAACCCUCGGUUGACUGAAAAUGUAGUGGUGAGAAACAGUCGACUUGGAGGAUCCUGGGGACAGGAAGAAAGGAACCUCUCGUACAAUCCAUUCAGACCUGGACAAUAUUUUGAUAUUUCCAUACGCUGUGGGAUGGAUCGCUUCACAGUUUUUGUGAAUGGGCAGCAUUUCUGUGACUUUGCACACAGAUAUUCCAUGUUCCAGAUGCUUGACAGGAUAGAAGUUGAGGGAAAUGUGGUUUUGUCUCUCGUGCAGAUCUGAUUUGCCCCCAGACAUGCCACAGAAAAAAUGUCAUUCAGUACCAAAAUAAAUUCUGAAGUAACA